UUCUCAAAAAUGAGAUGUUUACUAGGCACACAUUGUACCGCCAGUUUGCUAUGCUUGCUGAGACAUCCUUCAAUUAUGCUAAAACAAAACCUUUAGUUGUGCAGUCCAAAACAAACUUGACAGACACUACUUCUUCUGGGAGUGAACAUAACCCUUCGAUGAUUGACCACAAGUACAUGGACAUAAUCAAUGAACAGCUGCACUUUCCACCUUUGGCAAAAUUGAAAAUGGCAGCGAAACAUUCACUGAAGUCCUCGAUACCAACGACUGAUAAGGAGAGCAUUCAUUAACCAGCAGGAUACUGA